CGUUGUUCCUCUGGUUCGUCGACGGUCGUCAAACGCAGCGGGCAGGGCCUCGGACAGGACGUAUAAGCCUUUUAGUGCGUGGAGCCUCACUACCGUCGCAAAGCUACGGCCUGGCUGUUUCCACCUCACAACUUCCCCAGUGAAGAUUCAAAACUCAUUGCUGUUUUUUGGGACGCUUUUGCAGUGAAUCAUGAGCCCAGAGGGCGUAUCACAGAUUACAAUACCAGACUUUGAUGAUGAUGAUUUUCAAUCCACUCCCAUACCCUUCGGCAGGUCUGGAGGAUAUGGCUUUGGUGCAUUCGGAAACGCAGGAUCAGGCCCAGAUUCACCAACCAUGAUGACCCCCAUUGCACUUCCGGAACGUAGCGACCGAAGCUACUUUCAUAGUCGUAGCGAUUCUGCAGCAUCAGAGGAUUCUUUUAGUUCGCAACCUGUUCGUCAGACUGGCAAGAGCUCACAUACGACUCAACCUUCUAUAACUGCAAGCUCUCCGUUCUCCAAGAAGCCAUCUUUUGCAUCUAUCAGAAACGCAUUCAAAAAGAACACUGAUGUGCCACCAUUACCUCCCCUAGACUACCAAGCAUAUCCCAUUCUCAAGAACCCUUUUAACCGCUCGACUUCGUCCUUGCCUCAUUCCACCUUGACAUCUAAUAAGACAUUCAGUGCUACAAGUCCACCGCAUCCUCGCCCUCCGACACCUGGAUCUAGCGAAUCACGUCCCCGCGCUCCAUCAAGAGCAAGAGGGCAUUCCACUGCAAGAUCUCAUCAUUCUCAAUCUGGGUCAAUAUUUCACAACUCGGACACCGGGAGUGAUCAUGUUCCCGGCUUCUCCUCUCCUCCUCCCGUUCCCCGUGUGCCUGACACAUUUGGUGCUCAGAUGUUCAGUAGUGAUGGGCCCUCAAUAAUGGAGGAAGAUGAAAAAGUGUCAUCGGGUCCUAAGAUGCCAUCCGAUUAUGCACUGCAUGCAGUUUUUAUUCGGUUUGCCACUCUUGCUGAGGCAAAGAUGAACGUGUUCCUUCGUGAAACACUGGACCACGAACCUUUAUUGUCGAACUUCAUGGGUCCUUCGCUGGAUCCUAAGUUUGAUGACCUGAUGGGCUCUUUAGGAAAGAUAGCUCAGAAACAUCCAAAACCCGUCAUAGACUCAAUUAUGCGCUGGAGACGCAGUCACAAUGAAAAUGUCAGCGCCGACAUACUUAAACAUCAUGCUAGCCAAUCGCCUUUAUGGACACGUGGCGCGAGAGUUCAAGAACUGCCUACCUUGCUGAAUGAACGAAAGUCGCUGGCGUCAAUAUAUAUCAUGUGUCGCGCUCUGAUUGCCGUUUUGUCCAUUUUGUCCAAAGACGCACUGGGUGAUACGCUGGGGUUUACCUUGGAGGAAACAACGUUCGAGCAAUUCAAGAGACCGGAUUUGAAGCUCCUUGCACAGUCAGCUAAUCAUCGGCUUAAUGCUGAACUGUAUGCCACGUUGCUCGGACACUUAGCAAACGUUCGCUUUGUUAGUGUUACGGAUCGUUUUCUUUGCGAGCUCGAGCCUGUGGCCAAUGGUCAGGUGGCGAAAGACCUCGAUACGAAGUACGAGCAUCUGGUGAAGGGGCUCCGUCACGUUCAGCUGAGAGUAUGGCCUCCAGAGGCAUUUGAGGAAGGGGCCGAGUUUCUAGAGUUAUUAGCCAAGUCCUUUGCAAAUGCGCAUGGUCUUCGGUUCAAGAUCGCUUUCGCCGAUACAUUGACUCGUCUCUUGCACCCCAUCGGAAAGACGGCGCAGGCCGAAGUCAAUCAUCCACAAUGGGAAAAGGCAAUCGAAAGGAUCUAUCCUCGGGCUAAGGAGAUGAUGAGUAAGCCGCGGUAUUGGCAUAUCGCCUACCCGUUGGCUGUCACCAGCCUUUGUGUUGCGCCUCAUCAAUACUUCCUCCGCAACUGGACGGCUUGCUUUGAAUAUGGGCUGUCAAAGAUGAAGGAGAAGCUUCAUCGGAUUCCUGUCCUGAAUGGAAUCGUUCGAUUGAUCUGGACAUACCUGUAUCGAUGCCAGGAGCCGUUAGCGACUAGCACCACCAAGCUGGACUCCCUCCUUAAACAUAUAUUCCCUGCUGGACGGUCAUCAAUUUUCCAUCACGAGGAGCAUCUUGAACCUUUCAUCUGCAUCGUGCACUUUGUCUUGUCGCGCUAUUUCGACUAUGGGUUGGGACUCUGCAUGGAUUUACUUCAGGAAGCUGUCGCUAUCCUCUUGACUUUAAACGCCUUCGAACGCGAGGAGUCAGCUCCUACAUGGCCGUCUAGUGUCGAUUUCACUGCUGUACCAUCUUGGGAUGAUUAUCCUUCAUCUUCCGACGCUCUUCCGGCUGCAGUGGUAUCCAGACAUGGAGUUCAAGAGCUGCUUGACAGAUAUGGAGCUGUAAUCACGGCGAUCGCACGGUCAGCGAGCCAGUCUGUGGGUCAAAUGUCUAUCUUUGAUGAACAGUGGUCGCUGUCGCGGUUUAACUCUGUCCAUGAAGAGUCCCACAACAUCGUCAUUUGCCGCCGUCCUGAAGGGUCCUUUGCCUACCCCAAUCAUCUCGUGUCGCAGAUAUCUAUGCUACAGACAUGUUUGCAAUCGUGGCCGCGCUGCUUGCACGCCUCUUUACCACUCACGGACGCUAUCAAUAUACUCAUCCGCGGUAUUAUCCAUGUUGAGCCUCGGAUUGGAGAAGCGGCGGGAGCGGCGCUGAGGCGCUUUAUGGCUGACGGGCGGUAUGCGCCUGCAGUUUUGCGCCACUUUACGACCUUCCUAUUUGAUCCUGCCUAUGUUGGGAGGGAGGGAACCGGUGCACGGCUUGUCCUCGAGAGUACUCGACUUCUGAAUUUCUGGAUUAGCCUGGUGGAAGGUUGGGUCAAAGGUAUUCUGCAGAAACCCAAAGCGGACAUCACAGCUGGUGAAAGGGAGGCCGUUGCCCUUCAAGGAGACGGGAUCACUGCAGGAGCAUUGUUUCUGUUAUCGCUCGAAGCUUCUACCGUCCGUUGUGCAGGGGUUAAGCUCAUCCGCAUACUUGCACCAUUCGUUGCUCACAUAGACGCGGUCGAGGGUGCCUAUGCGGGUUCUUCAAUCCUUCUGAACGGACUCCUCGAUUGUGAUGCUCGUGAGAAUCAUCACUUCCAGGGCUUUGACGAGUUAUUAGAUGGCUCGGAACUGGACCGCCUGCAACAGUGGAGGCGGGCGGGGCGAAAGGACGUGCUGUUAAGGAUCGCUGAUAGCAACUAUGACAAGGACAAGAAAAUAUGGCGUUGUGUUUUCCCGAGCUUCAUCCAAGCCUCAUUCCAGCAACCGCUGAAAGUUGCGGUGGACUGCCGUGCCAUGAUCGAGGCUGCAGCAUCUCGCUACCAUCCUUCAAUGUUGCACCUUGCCGGACUCUCGACUCUCAGCGGACGAUUACCGUCUGGCGCCUCUAGGGCGCCAGGCUCUGCCGACAAAGAGGGGUACAAGCAGGUCAAAGACAACAUGAAUUUGAUCGAUCAAUGGUAUCUGUGGAUCAAAAUCCUGUGUACUACGGCCGCUGUAUCUGAUAGCCGCGGUGGUACUCCCGCCCAAGCUGGUCGGGAACAUUCGCGAGCUCCUUCGGACCCUACUUUUGAGCACGAGCGGAUGUCAACCACACGCUGCCUCUUCAAGUACUUGACACCAUUCUUAGAUGUGGAAUAUGCCCCAUUUCGUGAUGCUGCUGUAGUCGGCAUCAGCUCUUUCCCUUCCAGUGGGUUCUCGCAGCUUUUGGAAGACCUGAAUCACUUUACUUUCCUUCAAUUUCAUGAUGACAUCCGGUCGAAAUCUGGAUCUCCUGGGUCGAGUGGACGUUCACGACGUCAAGCUCGUCUGCACUCGGCUGUUGCUCGUAUCUACUUCCUCACUGCUCCUCAGCUGCAGCACCAGAGAUCUUCUGCAAAGCAAGACGCCAUUUCAUAUGCGCUUAAAUUCAUUCGGAACAUGCAAAACUUCCUCGUUACUACAGAGAAUCGUGACAACUACGCACUCCAGCGCCUGCGCCGCUAUUUCUGCGGUUUGAUCGAACGGUUCUUCGAUAGUCUGGCGAACCUCGCUGACUCGGAACGAUUCGUAUCACCCUACAUGUAUGCGACUCUUUACAGGCUUUGUGAAGAAUGGUGCCAGUAUGGUGUUCAGUCCGAAUCAUCAAAGCAGCGAUACAUCCUCAUGCAAAGAGCUGCGGCUGCGGCUUCAGACUCGGCUGAACGGUUUCAACACGAGACUAAAUUGCUCUCUAACGCAGCUGUGGGUGCCCUCGCUGCCCUUUGUCAAAGGGCAUAUUAUCCUUCUGAAACCAUUGGUUCCUCAUCACCUUCGGAUCGCGCUCAGGAGCAUCCGAAACCUCUGGAAGCUGCACAAAUCCUGGACCGCCUUCAUCAUGUCUUUCAAUCUUCUUACCCUCAAGUCCCCUUCGUUCCCUUAUCUCCUCCGGAAAAGCGGAUAAAAGUGUUACUCGGCGAGGUCCUUCGACGCUCUUUCAUCGAUUCGAAUGACUCAUCGUCGAGCAGCUCUACCUUCUUCGAGGUUCUGUCCGAGGUCGUGUGCAAUGUGGAUGUCAGCUCAUACACUUUCGCCCAAAUCAUAUGCUUAGGCUUGACCAACCUCUGUCACGCUGAUUCUGGAAUUAGACGAAAAUCUCUUAUGCUCCUCGAGGUCAUGCAUGAGCAUUCCUCUGGCGUCCUGUCUUUUGGCGAAUUUGAGGCUAUGGCUGCCAAUCCUUUAAGCAGCGUAUAUUUGCACGUACAUCCACUAGUCACCGAAUGUCUCUCCGGCGAACACCCCAAUCACGCUAACGAUGUGGUUACGGAGAUGGCUACCUUACUGAUGCGCAUGCCUCGUAGUGGAAACGAGAGGGUUGCCCUUCUACUGUUGCAGAGCCUCGAGUCUUGGGUCCCAAAUAUACAACUCACGCUUGACCCCGACAAUGAAGCACGUUUACAUCCAUCUCCAGCCAGCAGCCGCAUCCUGUAUCAUCUCCUUACCCUCACAAAGCGAUACAGUGAGAGUCAUUUUGAGCAAGUUGCCGCAAUAUGGACGCGAUUCACAGACCACCCCAACGAAACCUACGGGGCGGCUACCGUAACCUUCCUCAUCAAUCAAGCUCUCAAGGUAGCUACCUCCGCAUUCAUUGAUUGUGCCUCCACCAUCGUAGCAUGUCUUUCGCGCUCUGCUGUUGCGCUGCAAGUUUACGAGCUUCUCUGCUACUACUGCGAGCCGGAACGCAUGGUCCCUUCCCUUGAUCACCAAUUGAAGGAGCCUCCCGGCGCAGAAGACUUUGAACUGUGGUCUGAUUUGAAUGCUCAGUUUGCGGAAGAGCAGCCAAAGAUACUACUGGGACCGGCGCAGUAUGCAUUGAUCUUACUGGGGUCUGCUGCAGUGGAAGGACAGUGGACGCAUGUCACUUCCAUACCGGUCAUUCUGCAGGCAAUCUUUCCCAAUCUUGACCACCGCGUCUCUCUUAUGAGGAUCAGGGCGCGUGGGAUGCUCUUCCAGCUCUUGCGUGUUUGUGUUCCAGGUCUCGCACAGUCCAAUUGCUCUGUAUUAGUGGCGCAGAUAAGCGCCUUGGAGGAUCAAGGAGAUUCUAUAUUUUGGAAGGAUGAUGAUGACAGCGAUAUCGUGGAAACUCGAAUGAGUGCGCUCUUCUCUCAGGUGCUUCCUAUGCUCCAGCCUCUUGUUCCAGCCUUGGAACAGACUGUAGGCAAACUGGCACUAGCCUACGUGGAGCUUUGUAACAUGCGGAGCCUCGCGUUUCGUUCUUUACAAGUGCUCCGUGUGUUGAAACUGCCUUUGAGUCAUGCCGCGCUGGAUCAGUUGCUGAGUCGGUUAUCUGUUUCCAUAGCGGAUGUGGAUCCAGAAAGACAGGCCUUUUCGGCGGAAGUUAUCCGCACCAUCACCCAUAUGGUUACACUGGACGAACUCGAUGAUACGCUGCUUCCUCGUCUUUUUUGGACGACGCAUGCAGUGAUGUCAACUAGUGCAGAAACCGAAUACAUGCAAGCCAUCAAACUGUUGUCUGCAUUCCUCGAUCGGAUUGACUUAGAUGAUCCCCAUAUCGCAGACCUCGUCGUUGCCCAGCGCCCUAAAGAUUGGAACGGGUCCAUCGGAUUGCAACAAGCCCUUUGGAGCGGGCUUCGUUCUGCCACGACUCUAGAUGACACGUUCGCACUGAAGUGCGCCAAAUUGUUCGACUCUUCCCAAAACUGGCUUCGAGACCUCUUUACUCUGUCCCUACCAUGGUGCAUGCACGCCAUGUGCACUGACCAGCAUGAUGAGGCUCUAAACGAUUUCUCUGAUGAAGAUGGUCUGGAGAGUAUCAAUCGGAUCAUGGUUUCCUUUGUCAAGCGUCGGUUCAGGACCAAAGAUGAUUUUCUUCGUCAGUCCAUUAGCAGUCUACGUGACCACUAUCCUCCCGAUGACUGGACCGAUAUCGCAACUCUGUUGUUGAGUUUGGUGCUCAACAAGGAGAGAUGGCUCCAAGUGUACUCAAUGCACCAACAGCAUCUUAUGCCCUUAUUGCGGUUGGUGGAAGGAGAGUUGGCGACGCAAGCUCUUGAUGUAUUAGAGGAGCCAACGAAGAUCACCGGAGGACUCACAGCCAAACAGGUCCUUCGCAUGAGCAUGCACGGUGAGACAGAGAUCUUUGGUGUUCCAGAAGACUCUGGCUGGUGCAUCGCACGUAUAUCACAUCGACAAACCCAAUUUGCACUUAUGUUCACGACGUCAUCACGGAUAUCUACGGUGCACUUCCAGCCAGAGGUCCAAGAGCCCCUGUUCGCGGAUGAGCUUGAUGAAGACUUGGGAGUCCUAGUUCAGGACCUGCACGAGCUAAGCGAGUUCUUCCAGAAGACGAAGCCUCAGACGCAGCUCCUACCGAGUCAGCAGCUGGAAGAUAGAGUCGCAUCCAUUCUAGCUAGAUCUACAGACCACUCCAACGACAUGCCUCAGACUCCAUUCGGAGAUGUAUUCCAGGUCGGUGGAUCACACGACCUUUCGGACGACUCCAGUGAUGAGUCUGAUCCUGAGUCUGAGGCCUUUUACCGUACCGCUCCCAAUGGCAAGAGCUUGUAUUAAUAUAUUUUCACCACGCUUUCGUUGUUCUUGAUGCAUUAUAGAAUCAUUGUAGUCUACGUACAUAUUAAUAUGGCAACUCUGGAGUUAUGUACCAGCAUUCACGAAUAGAAAUUGCAACAUGAUAUGAAGUCUAAC